AAUGUUUUGGUGGUGUGGUCGGCCAUCUUGGCGCGCAGGUUGAACGCUACUGGUCGAGUGGAGAGUAAUUUGGCCUCCCUGUGGCCACGCCUCCAUCUUUGACCCGAGAAAAUGGAUGAUAUUUACAUGCAGAUAGAUGAAAUUACCCCAAGAACAGCCAUCCGCAACCAGCUGGAAGUUCUUGACCCAGAAGAAACUCCAGCACCAAUCAGGAAAUUACCAAUCCGUCAACAAAUUUCUAGAAGAAAACAAAGUGAAGGGGAAGAGAGCAGUGCUGCAAAACGAAUUAAAGGUGUAAAGCCUAAAGUUACCCGUACCACUGUAGAGGCUUUGGGGAAAAAAGUUAAUUCAGAGUCAUCUUUGACUCACAGUAUACCACUUAAGGAAACUUUAAAAGGUGACAUUACAUAUGGUGAGAUUCAGAAUAAUGUGAUGGAAUCAUCAUCAGAUAGCAUAGAUUAUGGUGUAGCCAAAAAUGUGCGUUACAGGAUGAAGAAGCGAGGCAUUGUUCUUGAUGAAAUUGAUCCAGUGCUUUCUGGUCAGAAGUUAUCACAGGAUGGUAGCCUCUCACACCACUCUGUUGUGAGUGCAGAUAGUCCUGGAGAUGCACUCAAUGACACAAGAAAGGGAAACCCUUCUAAGAAAUUCAAGUCUCAGAAAGACAAUUCUAUACAGAAACAGGAGUCUCCCAAUUCUCGGAGCCCUGCUUCAAGAGAAAGUUUGAUAACUCAUUUAGAUAAAACUUAUGAUUUGGAUUAUGAUGACAGUCUCGAAAAUGCUAGAGAGAUAACUAGACAAAGGUUUGGCCGUAAGGCUACCUUGAAAUUAAAUGUGUCGGCUCUGAUGAAUGAUUUAAAAGUUCGGAAGAAUUCGGCUGCUAUUACAGAAAAAUCCCCAGAAGAGAAGAAAGCAGCUUUACUAUCAGACUCCUUAGAUGGAAGUGAAACAGAAUUGGAAUCGCCCAAGAACAAGGUGCCUCAUGGUUUGCCUUCACCAGAUGGCAAAAAGAGUGGCAUUCCUCAGAGAGGAGGAGUGCAGAGCAGCAGCCCUGGCAGAACCUCUAGAGAUACUUACAAGAGCACAGCAGAAUUUCAGGAGCACAUACUUUCCCCUGGAGGUUUUUCUAGUGAUAGUGAGGAUACUGAACUCCAGACCAACAUAUCUGCUGCCCUCUUUUCUCUUCAUGGUGAUGAGGAAGAGGAGAGCAAGGAAGCGAGAGAAUCGCCACUUACUCUACAUGCAUCUCCGAUUGACAGUCCUAGUAAUCAUGGUGUACUAUCUCAGUCGCCAUCUCGUAGAAAAGACAACUUCCAUAAGAGUUCUGGAAGUGAAGCAACAUCCAUUCUGAUGGAUAGUCCCAGGAAAAAUAGUUUAAGAUUGUCACGUGAGAAAGAAAGUCUUAGUCCAAUUAUUGGGUCCAGUACUGUAGUGUCUUCUGUAAGAUCCAGUCCUAGAAAAAGUAUAGGAAGAUCUUUAUGGUUGUCACCUUCAAAAGAUAAUCACAGCAGCGAUGAAAGAGAUUCAUUUUCGCUAACUUCAGGGAAUAGUCCCAGGCAAAGUAUUGGAAAAGAUUCAAUGUUAACAAAACACAGUACCAGCAAAAGUGUUGGAAGCGAUGCAGUGUUGUCGCCUAAACACACUCCCAAGAAAAGCAGUGAAAAAGAUUCAGUGUUGUCUCCUGCUAAGCAUAAUACCAGAAGUACUGGAAAAGAUACAUUGUCACCUACAAAGGUCAGUCACCCAAGAGCUGGAGGAAAUGUGCUGUCUCCUUCAAAGAUUAGUCCCAGAAAGGCUGGAAGAAGUGCACUGUCAUCUACAAAGACCAGUCCCAGAAGAAGUGUGAUGUCAGUUGCAGAGAACAGUCCCAGAAAAGUAGUAUUGUCGUCACCUACGAAGACCAGUCCCAGAAAAGUAGUAUUGUCGUCACCUACGAAGACCAGUCCCAGAAAAGUAGUAUUGUCGUCACCUACGAAGACCAGUCCCAGAAAAGUAGUAUUGUCGUCACCUACGAAGACCAGUCCCAGAAAAGUAGUAUUGUCGUCACCUACGAAGACCAGUCCCAGAAAAGUAGUAUUGUCGUCACCUACGAAGACCAGUCCCAGAAAAGUAGUAUUGUCGUCACCUACGAAGACCAGUCCCAGAAAAGUAGUAUUGUCGUCACCUACGAAGACCAGUCCCAGAAAAGUAGUAUUGUCGUCACCUACGAAGACCAGUCCCAGAAAAGUAGUAUUGUCAUCACCUACGAAGACCAGUUCCAGAAAAAAGGUAUUGUCACCUACGAUGACCAGUCCCAGAAAAAAGGUAUUGUCACCUACGAAGCCCAGUCCCAGAGGAAGUGUGAUGUCAGUUGCAGAGGCCAGUCCCAGAAAAAAUGUAUUGAUGUCACCUAUGAGGACAAGUCCCAGAAGAAGUGUGAUGUCAGUUGAAGAGGAUAGUCCCAGAAAAGAUGUGGUGUUGUCACCUACAAAGACCAGUCCAAGAAGAGCUGGAAGAAGCACAUUGUCACCUACAAAAAAUGUACCCACAAGUGACGGAAAAAGUUCAUUGUCGUCACCUAUAAAGGAUAUUCCGACAAGUAUUGAAAAAAGUUCAUUUUCCCCUACAAAUGUUGACAGAGUUGCAAUAGACAAUAAAACAAUUACUUCACCAGUUAGAAAUCUGUUACCUUCAUUCUCUGGUAAGAGAUCCAGUAUGAGAAGUAUUGUUUUGACACAUGAACAGUUUGAAAUCCAUCCAGAGGAAGCUCUUAAAGCAAAGUACAGAGGUUCAAGAAACUCUGAUGGCAGUGCAAAGGCAAGCACAGCUGAAUCACUUUCUAAUAAGGUUAAAAAAACACCUGUUACAGAUUCACCAAGAAAAAGUCGGAUAUUGAUGAAAGAGGGAGAACAAAGUUCAUCUCUUAUAAAACCCAAGGAAAAGGCUGGUGCAGAAAUGCAAGUAUCUUCAGUAACAAAAGACGGUGAAACUUCUAAAGGCAUUAUCAUACCUGUUAUGAGUGAUUCUAGUGCCUUUUCACUAAAUGCUAGUGCCACAGAUAAGAAUGAACGUAUUGUACAAAUGGAACUAUCAAAUGAAGAAAAUGAUGAGCUUGAGGGUACUUCACACAAAGAAGGUAGGACACGUACAUGGCAAAAGAGUGAAUUUGUUCAGUAUGAUCCUUUAAGUGAAAAUGUAGAUGAUCUUGUCACAAAAAAUAGUAUUCAUAUUAGACAAAAAGAUUUUAUUACAGAAGAUGCUUCUGAUUCUGAGAGUGAUGAUGAAUUGCUCUUGCUUCCAGUGUCUGAGCGGAAAACUGUUCGGAUCAGACACGGUAGUUCUUUGGUUAGUGAUUAUACCGGAGCUGAGUCAGAAGUCACAGCCUACCACUUGAAUGUUGAAGAGGAGGGUGAAGGUGAGGCAUCGAAGAGCAAUGACUCAAGUAAGCAAAAAUCUGGUAUAAACACAUCUCCAAAGCCAGGAGGAAGUACAUCUGCAUUGGGUACCCAGUCUGAAAGAUUGACAACAUCCAAAACUAGACAGAUGACCAUGAAAGAGUUUAUACAGAAGCUCGCAGAUAAACCAAUGCCUCCACCCAGAACUGUAAAUAAAGCAAAAGAUGAAACUUUGCUGGCCAACCUCCUCAAAGGAGGCAGUUUGUCUACUGUACGCAAACCACCCAGUCAAAUUGUUGUUACCAGGAAGACCAGAGAGAAGAAGCCAUUGCCUGCUACUUUGUCCAAGAGUGUCACGAAAGAAAUAUUUACUCACUUUGCAAAGUGCAAAGUUUCCGACAGUGGCAUGAAUGCUGUCAUGGAGGUCUGUGAAACAUUCUGGAAAAAUUUGUCUACUGACCUCACAAAUAUAAAGAAUGCCAGAAAAGGACCAGAUGAAAUACUUUGCCAAGACAUAAGGAAACUCAUGACUCGACAGGGCCUCAUUACCGAUGAAAAUAGUCUAUUUGCUCUGGUGGAGAAGUAUCUGCCGGUUGAAGACUGGAACACUAUCAUUCCUACGGCAUUUGCAAAAGGUAAUGUCUACCCUCCGGAAAAAGUUAUUGAGGAUAUGUUUAAGUGAGUUCUCGACAUUGGUUCACGAUGUAUUACUGAUCAUGUUUUGAUUUUCAACAGUGUAUAGUAUAAUAUAAUUUUGUAUUGAUUUUAAAAGGAAGUUAAAAGCUUCAAAAAUAUACAUUUCCAUGGAAGAAAUUUAUAUAAUUUUUUAUAAACAGGGCUGCAAAGUAAAUGUGUGUUACAAGUUUAUAUAUAUAUAUUAUAUUUGACAUAUUUCUUUAAGAAAAAAAUAACUUUUAUAUUAUCAAGAUAUUAAACUUGUGUAGAUUAUUAUUGUAAUCACAUAACUCUCACAGUAAAUAGUGCUUAAUCUUUCCUGCCAUUGACAUGUUGGCUUCCUCAUCUGUUGACCUUUUAUCCUUCCUUCACAUUGACUUUAUUCCUUCCCCUCAAUUGUAUAAUUGUGGUUUAUGUAUAUUGAAAUAAUCUUUGAUUCAGCCACCUGUCAUGCCAAAAAUACACCUGUAGCUACUAUGGGUGCAAUGUGCAAAACAUGGACUGGUGUGUGUGUGUGUGCACAGGUUUGUGUAAGUACUCUGCUAUUUAGUUCGUAGAGAACCUGAGGAUGAUGGUAUCUACUAAAUCUAACUUUUCCUAGGGUUUUUAUAAUACAUACAGUAUUUGUAGUAAAUUAGGGCCCCGGAUCACUUACGUAGGCCUAUACGUAUUGUUUAUGAUUAGUCUAAUCUACUUUUGCUCUUCAGAAUUCCAAACGGACAAAAUGUGACGUUUUGUUUAUGGGGGGGGGGUACAACAGAUCAUAUUUUUCACAUUGCAUCUAUAGUAACUAUAGGGUCUUAUCAUAUUUUGAGGAUGUUUUGGGAUUUACACACUUGUUUGUAUUAUAUCAUUGCAACCAUGUUAUUUGUUUAAUCUCUUCCCCACUCCCUUCCCUUUGUCACCUCCCCUCUUUCCCUCCCUCCCAUUUCUCUCACUUUCCUCUACCAGUCUACAUACCCAUGUUCCUUACCAUCCCUUAUUAUUCCUCUACCAGUCUACAUACCCAUGUUCCUUACCAUCCCUUAUUAUUCCUCUACCAGUCUACAUACCCAUGUUCCUUACCAUCCCUUAUUAUUCCUCUACCAGUCUACAUACCCAUGUUCCUUACCAUCCCUUAUUAUUCCUCUACCAGUCUACAUACCCAUGUUCCUUACCAUCCCAUAUUAUUUAGUUUCUCAUAUAUUCAUUAAGAGAAAAGUGGGAAGGUAUUUGAAUGAAACAGAAAAUGGAUAGAAGAGGUAAUUAUUGUUUUAAUGUUUGAGUAAGGCUUCACAGUAAUGUUAUUUUAUAAAUUUUUAUUCCAUUUAUUAAAGUGCAAAUAAUGCUUCAUUAGUUCCUUCAAGAAAAAUAGGGCAUGCAUGAUUCUGACUCUGUAUAGGUAUUUAUAAUGUAUCCACAGGUUGGGCUCUAACAAAUGCCUUCCAGUUUUGCUAAACCAUGUAUGUACAGUAAUUUUUUUCCCUUAACUCUUAAACGGCUUGUCUAAUUAAAAGCUCUACAUAUUGGUGCAUAUAAAAAAUAAUAUUGUUCAGAUAAGUGAUUUUAAAAAUCAUAUUUAGCAGUUAAAAUGCAGGAGGUAAAUGCAAAUAGCAAUUGGAGCUGUUUUAGGCUUGAAAAGAAUGCAUAGCUGUAGAGGUAGGAAGAAAUGGUAUUGGUGAGCUGUUGAUGUGAAAGGUUAACAGGUACCUGAAUGUUCACAUUUUAUGCACCAAGCAUUAACUGUCCACAUUUGCAAAUUUUGUGAUGUAAAUAUCAUAUGUGAACAAGAUACUGUACUGUGCUGUAAUGCUUAUAGAUACAAGGUGUGUGCUUAUUUAACCUGGGUUACAUAGCCUUCCCAGUUUGGUGCCUUCUUUUCAUAAUUACUUAUUUAAUCUGGGUGAAUAAUAAUGCCUAUAUUUCUUUUUUUCUUUAAACCCAAUGUACGUCAACAUCACUAAAUGGAAAAGAAAUUGGAUGGAGUGAAGACAUAAUAUUCCUCAUAAAUAAAAUGAUUGUUUACAUUUAAAUAAG